AUGACCUGCGCCGAGUGGCCCUGCAUUAUGCAGGACUUGCAGACAGCCUUUGAGGAGGAAAAGGCACCUUUUUACGAUAAAGGUGAGCAGAAACUGAAUUUCAGCCGAAUCAACUUCAAGCGAAUUUCGAUUGAAGACCUUGGCGAUGAGCUGGAGGUGAGCACGAGGCGCAAUAAGCACGCAAUCAUCGCCUCGUGCUCGGAAGACCAUUUUAAAGAUGCAGCGGCAGCCAUGAAGCUGCACAACAGCUCCACGCCAGCCGGCUGCGGGAAGGUCCGAAGGGCAUGGGCGACUGCGGAGGACGUUUAUGGUGGGCGAAACCAUCCGCCAAAGGCGUGCGGAUAUGCGCCACAGGACGUGAUGUCAUUGAAGGCUGCACAAGCCGAGCCUGAAAGUCUAUCAAAGGCAAUGCGUUUGCAGUUGGAGAUGAACAGCAUCAUCCAACUGUCAUUGAAGUCGGAAAUCUCCAAUGUUCUCCUGUACAAUGCGCAGAAGCAAAAAAUGGUUCAGAAGAUGGUCGGGCACUCCAAGAAGGUCACUGCAGUCAAGCUGCAUGGGGACAAGGAGGUGAUUGUUUCGGCCUCACAGGAUGCAACGGCCAAAGUCUGGACUUGUAGCAGCCCAACGGACUGGUCAAGCCAGUACAAUUGCCUGCACACCAUCCGGAAGCACCGCUUAGACGUCACAGACUUGUCGAUCCAUCCCCUGGGAGAUUACCUGCUGACCGCGUCCCUGGACAAGUCCUGGGCGAUUCACGACUUUGCCACAGGGCGCUGUGUAAGACACAUGAAGGAUCUUGAGUCUGCAUUUCCUUGCAUGAGCUUCCACCCGGAUGGUCUCAUUGUGGCGGGUGGCACAGAGGACAAGAGUGUCAUUGUGUGGGACGUCAAGAAUGAUCAGGCCACCGUGGCAACCCUUUUGGGUCAUGAGAGUGCCGUCCAGACCUUGUCCUUCUCUGGAAAUGGAUACUACUUGGCCUCCGGCUCCAGAGAUGGGGUGGUCAAGCUUUGGGACCUGCGAAAGCCGGUGAAUCUCCAAACGAUCCAGGCGCGGAGAGGGCGGCGGGUCCCGGGCUCGAGGCCAGAGCCGAGCUAA